UCUUCUGAGGAAGUCGGAAGUUGUCCUGUGAGCUGUGCCUCAUACUCCGUUGUGGGGAGACAGUGAGUCAGCUCAGCAGCUGCAACAUGGUGAGCGAGGGGUUGCUUUCCACAGACGGAGAGGAGCAGUGGGCCAAGAAUGCAGUGGCCUAUGAAGAUGUGCAUGUUGACUUCACUCAGGAAGAGUGGGCUUUGCUGGAUCCUUCCCAGAAGAGUCUCUACAGAGAUGUGAUGCUGGAUACCUACAGGAACCUUACUGCUAUAGGCUACAAAUGGGAAGAUCAUAAUAUUGAAGACCAUUGUCAAAGUUCUAGAAGACAUGGAAGGCAUGAAAGAAGUUAUACUGGAGAGAAACCUUCUGAAUAUAUUCAAAGUGUUAAAGCCUAUGCAUAUCAUAAUCUUCUUCAAAGGCAUGAAAGAAUCUAUACUGGAGAGAAACCCUAUGAAUGUAAUCAAUGUGGUAAAGCCUAUGCAUGUAACAGUAGUCUUCUAAGGCAUAAAAGAGCACAUACUGGAGAGAAACCCUAUGAAUGUAAUCAAUGUGGUAAAGCUUUUGCACGUGACAGUAGUCUCCAAACACAUAAAAGAACACAUACUGGAGAGAAACCCUAUAAAUGUAAUCAGUGUGGUAAAGCCUUUGCACAACAUAGUCAUCUUCUAAUGCAUAGAAGAAUACAUACUGGAGAGAAACCCUAUGAAUGUAGUCAGUGUGGUAAAGCCUUUGUAUGUCACAAUUCUCUCCAAAUACAUAAGAGAACACAUACAGGAGAGAAACCCUAUGAAUGUAAUCAAUGUGGUAAAGCCUUUGCAUAUCACAAUUAUCUCCAAACACAUAAAAGAAUUCAUACUGGAGAGAAACCCUAUAAAUGUAAUCAAUGUGGUAAAGCCUUUGCACGUGACAGUAGUCUCCAAACACAUAAAAGAACACAUACUGGAGAGAAACCCUAUAAAUGUAAUCAAUGUGGUAAAGCCUUUUCACAACACAGUCAUCUUCUAAUGCAUAGAAGAGUACAUACUGGAGAGAAACCCUAUGAAUGUAAUCAAUGUGGUAAAGCCUUUGUAUGUCAUAGUCAUCUCCAAAUACAUAAAAGAACACAUACAGGAGAGAAACCCUAUGAAUGUAAUCAGUGUGGUAAAGCCUUUGCAUGUCAUAGUUAUCUCCAAACACAUAAAAGAACACAUACUGGAGAGAAACCCUAUGAAUGUAAUCAUUGUGGUAAAGCCUUUACAUGUCACAGUCAUCUUGUAAUGCAUAAAAGGACACAUACUGGAGAGAAACCCUAUAAAUGUAAUCAAUGUGGAAAAGCUUUUUCACAACAGAGUAAUCUCCAAAUUCAUAAAAGAAUCCAUACUUCAGAGAAAUACUAUGAAUGCAGUCAAUGUGCUAAAAGUUUUACAAUUCACUCUAAUCUUCAAAUACAUAAAAAAACACAUACUGGAGAGAAACCCUAUGAAUGUAAUCAAUGUGGGAAAGCCUUUGCAUUUAACAGUAGACUCCAAAUACAUAAAAGAACACAUACUGGAGGGAAAUCCUAUGAAAGUAAUCAAUGUGAUAAAGCCUUUGUAUGUUACUGUAAUCUUCAAAAUCAUGAGAAAACAUCAUACUGCAGAGAAACCCUAUAAAUGUAGUCAGUGUGGUAAGGUUUUGCACUUCAUGGUAGUCUUUAUAAAAGAGUAAAAUUUAUAGUG